CCACAAUAAAACAUUCCGCUGUCAGCCAACACACACGGCUGAGCUGAAGAAGAAGCACUCAAGAGGAGGCCACAAUAUUUACUUUUAAAGACGCUGCUUGUGUUAUUAACCGGAGGAGAAGCUGCUGCCUGAGUAAUAACAACAACGCGUUUGACCCGGAGUCGUUAAAGGGUGAAGUCUGGGGAGGACGGACAGGAGAAAAACAAAGAUGGCUGUGUAGCCAGAGAGAGAGAGAGAGAGAGAGACGAGGAGAGGAGUCCCAGCACCAGCACCAGCAGAACUGUGUGUCCUAUAACCACCAGGUUAAUCACCAGGUCUCCGUGGACAGUCAGUCAGACGGUUACCGGAGCAGGGGGACGUUUAGACGAGCACCCGAGCUGGGUUGUAACAUCGUUGUAAAUCUGCUGUCAUUGCGAGAAUAACGGCGUCGCGAGAGAGAGAGAGAGAGAGAGAGAGAGAGAGAGAGCACAACAACAACAGCUGAGAGAGACGGUGGUUGUUUUUGUUCUGCUGAGCUAAAGAGAGAAGACUGCUGUGUUAGAUAACUGUAAGUCUACUAAACUAGUCAAUUAAGUGGUAGUUACACUAUUAUACUGGCUUGUUAAAUACAGAGUUAGUAAAGUGGAGUUAGGUGGUAUUAAUAAUACUAUUCUCUUGACAGUAGCUUAGCAACUGUUCAGUAGCUUAGCAACUGACAGUAGCCGUUAGCCUAACUGUCAGCUGACCGUUAGCUUGACAGUUAGCACCAACUGCUAGUAUCUCAACGGUUUCUCGCACCUCCUGGUUUAGCAGCAGGUUCAUCUCUUCAUCUCCAUCGUCAUGUCUGGGAUGGAAGAGAGAGACGUUGUGGCUGCUCCUGGCUCCUCCUCGGGUGUCGGUGGUGUGGCAGCAGGAGCAGGAGGAGCGGUGGAGUCUGCUGUCGGAGCCGGGGUCGCUGCAGCCAUCAUGCAGGAGGACGUCGGCAUCGGGAUCGGGAUCGGGAUGGGGAUGAUCCGGAGAGAAGGAGGGCCCGAGCCUGACCCAGACGAGCCGCCACCCAAGAAGAGGGUGAGGUUGCUCGAGGGAGAGUCAGGCAAGCUGGAGGAGAGACUGUACUCAGUGCUGUGCUGCACCGUGUGCCUAGACUUGCCCAAGGCGUCUGUAUACCAGUGUACCAACGGACACCUGAUGUGUGCGGGCUGUUUUAUCCACCUCCUGGCUGAUUCUCGUCUGAAGGAGGAACAGGCCACGUGUCCCAACUGCAGGUACACCAAGUUCCCUGCAGACACGAGCACUUCCUGGUGUGAGAUCAGCAAGAACCUGUGCUGCAGGAACCUCGCCGUGGAGAAGGCUGUCAGUGAGCUGCCGACAGAAUGUACCUUCUGCCUAAAACAGUUCCCCCGCUCCAGUUUAGAGAGACACCAGAAAGAGGAGUGCCAAGACAGGGUGACGCAGUGUAAGUACAAGAGGAUUGGCUGCCCUUGGCAAGGUCCGUUCCACGAGCUGCCAGCACACGAGAGCGAGUGCUCCCAUCCCACUAAGACUGGUACAGAGCUGAUGGGAAUACUGGGAGAGAUGGACCAGAGCCACCGCAGAGACAUGCAGCUCUAUAACACCAUCUUCAGCCUGCUCUGCUACGAAAAGAUCGGGUUUACAGAGGUGCAGUUCAGGCCGUACCGCACCGAUGACUUCAUCACUCGCCUGUACUAUGAAACACCGCGCUUCACUGUUCUCAACCAGACUUGGGUGCUGAAGGCCCGCGUUAACGACUCGGAGCGCAACCCCAACCUGUCCUGCAAGCGCACCCUCUCCUUCCAGCUCAUCCUCAAAAGCAAGGUGAACUCGGCCCUGGAGUGCUCCUUCCUGCUGCUGAAGGGGCCGUACGACGACGUGCGGAUCAAACCCGUCAUCCACCACCACUCCUUCUGCAACGACGCCAACGAGACCGAAUACGUCCCUCUGCCCAUCUCCGACUCGGUGGAGUGCAACAAACUGCUGGCCGCCAAAAACAUCAACCUGCGCCUGUUCAUCUUCCAAGUCCAAAAAUAAAGAGCAAGUGUAGAGGAGGAGGAGGAAGAGGAGGAGGAUGGAUGGAAAGGACGAGGAGGAAGAUGAACGGUGACGGAGGGCGAGGGGCUGAGAGAGAUAAAGAAUAAAGAGAGACACCACUGAACCACUGAUACCUCUUAACACCUACACACACAAAUAUACUCACACACACACACACACACAUUCACGCAGGGUACACACGCCUCCACACACACAUAUACACACACACACACACACAUCACUAAUUACACUUACCUCCUUUUACAAGAUAGUGAGACCCCUUGCUCGGGGAGCUGUGAGUUGCUAUGGAGAUGGGUGGGCAUUGUUAUGGGAUGGGGGUGAAACCUGCGAAGGCACAGGCGGGGGUGUUGGGGUGAGGGAGGUGGUUCUGGGAUGGUCGGGUGUGUACCUGUGGAGGCUCUCUGAGGUCAGGUCGUCUCUGACCUUUCACCCCUGAUACCCCGCAGCCAAAGGUAGCACACACACCAAACAAAGCAGGAUUUGCUGGGUGCAUUAGUUGCGUGCAUGUGUGUGUGUGUGUGUGUGUGUGUGUGUGUGUGUGUGUGUGUGUGUGUGUGUGUGUGUGUGAGUGAGAGAGAAAGAGAGUUAAGUGACGGACCUUGUGGUGUGGCCCAAACUCUGCUUUUAUGUUGAAAUGUCCCAAAGACAUGAUAAUGUGAAAAUAGAGCGAUCGACUCUACUGAGCUGUUCUUUGGACACGUGAAUGGAUGUGGACGGCGUGUGUGCGUGUGUGUGUGUGUGUGUGUGUGUGUUUGUCCCUUCCCUCUGCACACUUUAUGCCUGAUUCUAGUCAACGAUUUCUUUCUGUUUUGGUAAAAGCGUCCAUUUGGUGUCUCAAGCUUUGCCAGAACAGACGAAAAGACGGCGUCCAUCGAUGACCCCCUUUUACCUUUCAACACGAGGAGAGACGGCCUGGCUGCAUGCAUAUUUUAGUUCUUCUUCCUCCAGCUGUGGUUAUAUUUAACCUUCAACACUAAUACCAUUUUUAUUUCUCUUAACCCUAAAUAUUUAAAUACCUGUGAACUCUUUUCUUUUUCUUUUGGGUU